UGUGGUGCCUUAGCACAGACAACACUCUUAUGGAUGCACCAUAGUAGCGAGAAGAGGUCUAGACCACGAUAUUCUUAUAGGUACACUGUGAGAGUAGAGAGAUGAAAACAAGGAAGGUUAGAUUUGGUAAAUUGUUUCCUGUAAUAAAUCGACAUUUAAAAUACAAUUAAAUUAGUAUUUAAGUAAGGUAUCACAUAUUGGCGACAGUGGAAGGGAUUUUUGUUCUACCGAAGGUAAGUUUUAAUCUGUUUGGGGUUGAUAUGGGUGAAAAAUGUAGUGGAAAUAACAAUCGGAAAAUAUGUUCUACAGAAUUGAUCGGAAACGAAGCUGGUACUGUGGCAUAGCGCAAGGUCUUAGAGACUGUAAACUAAACGGAAGCGGCUGUUUCGAGCAGCGCAGGUCAAUAGACUGUAAUCUGGAAGCGGCUAUUACACAGUACGGGGAAAGGUCAGAGAAGACUGAAAACGGAAAGCGGCUGUUUCGAGCAGCGCUAAGGUCCCGGAGACUGAAAAGUAGGAAACGCGUAUCGCAGCUUACUGGAAACCUGGAAAAGCUGACUCGAGGCAAUACCGACAAGUGAACGAGGUAAAUAUACGAAUAGGAAUAUACAAGUAAAGAAACAUCUGAUUGGAAUGUUUUUUUUUAGUCGGCUAAUCAGUCAUGGACAGGUUCGACAUUCCAGCAUUCAAGUUCAAACAGAUUCCUCCCAACGAAGUCCGUGAUGAAUGGGUUCGAUACAAACGACAUUUCGAGUACCUGGCUCUAGCCAACGCGAUCACGAAUAAGACGCGAUUGAAGCAUAUAUUCCUGGCCAAAGCCGGACCAGAUGUCCAGGAGGUUUUUAGCAGCAUUCCAGGGGCAGAUGUAGAAGAGGGCAUAGGCGUGAACCCUUUUGAGGUCGCAAUUGAUAAGCUUGAUGCGUAUUUUGCUCCAAAACAGCAUGAAGCUUACCAGCGUUUCUUGUUCUGGUCACUGAAACCCCAGGAUAAGGACGAGUCACUCGAUAAAUUUCUGCUUCGAUCAAUGGAACUAGCGAACAAGUGCAAUUUCGGAAAUACGAGACAAGAGAGCGCGGAGAUAAGUGUCAUUGACAAACUGAUUCAAUUGUCCCCUCCGGAUCUACGCGAAAAACUGUUGCAUAAGGAUCAUCUUACUCUGGAUGAGGUUACUAAGAUUGUCAACACACAUGAGUCCAUCAAGUUUCAAGCAGGACGAAUGUUUGGUGCGAAUGCUUCCCACGAAUCGGUUCCAAGCGAAAUCAACAAGAUUCACAGCGCGCAAAGAGAUUCUGGGUAUGAAUGUUCUCGUUGUGGCCGCCGCGGACACAGUGGUAUGGAUCGUAUUUGUCCGGCGAGAAACAAGCCGUGUGACUUAUGCCGGAAAAUUGGUCAUUUUGCUAGAUGCUGUCGUACUACCCGUCCCGCACAGAAGCGCAAAUUCGAAAACAGACUCGAUGAUGGUGAAACCAGCCGGAAACGAUUGAAGUAUGAAGCGGUUAGGCACGUGGAUAACCUGGAAGAAGGUAAUGGUGAGGAUAGCGUUCCAUGCUUCGUGUUUAACGUUGGAGAUGGAGACGCAUUCUUGUGGGUAUCCGUAGGUGGAGUACUCAUUCAAAUGUUGAUUGACUCAGGCUGUCAGAAAAACAUAAUCGAUGACGUGACUUGGGCGAAUAUGCAAGAACAAGGUGUGAAGGUGGAAAAUCGACGAUCGAAUUCUGAUCAAAACUUCAGAGCAUAUGGGAAGGCAUCCGUCCCAUUGGUCGUAAAGCAGGUGUUUGAAGCGGUGAUCAGAGUCGAGAAUAACGAGAAACGCAUCGAGAAAGUAGCAACGUUUUAUGUGAUAGAGGCAGGAUCGCAACCGCUGCUAGGCAGAAUCACAGCUAAGGAUUUGGGAGUGCUGGUUCUGGGUUUGCCUAGUACGGAUGCUCCGGAAGUCUUCCGUUUGGCGUUAGAACAGAAGCGACCAUUCCCCAAAUUGAAAGGUGUUUUGUUGACCAUUCCGAUCGACCGCACUGUCACACCAGUGUGCCAACAUGCUAGACGGCCUCCAUUGGCACUUCUAGACAAAAUUGAGCAGAAACUCGAGUCUUUGCAGGCGUCAGAUAUCAUUGAACCGGUCAACGAAUACAGUCAAUGGGUUUCACCACUGGUGACUAUUGUGAAGGAUAAUGGUGACCUCCGGUUGUGUGUAGAUAUGCGGCGGGCUAACCUGGCAAUCAAACGCGAGGGUCAUUUAAUGCCAACAUUCGACGAUUUCUUGCCGUUGCUCAGAAAUGCCAAGGUGUUCAGCCGGUUGGACAUCAAAGACGCGUUCCAUCAACUUGAGUUACACGAAUCGUGCCGUGACAUCACAACGUUUAUCACACACAAAGGGAUGUAUCGUUACAAACGGCUCAUGUUUGGUAUAUCGUGCGCGCCGGAAAUGUUCCAAAAAGUUUUGGAACAAGUUUUGGCAGAUUGCGAAAACGUUGUGAGUUUUAUCGACGACAUCCUAAUCUUCGGGGGGACUGAAGAAGAGCAUGACCGAGCUUUGGAGAAGGUCAUGAACGCUCUUAAAUCGAGAAAUAUUCUGCUGAAUCACGAUAAAUGUGUCUAUAAGGUAAAAGAGGUUGAUUUUCUGGGUCACCACGUGUCGGAAAAUGGCAUCAAACCGACAGAAGAUAAAAUGGCCGUUUUGAAGUCAUUCCGUGCUCCGCAUACUGCAGAAGAAUUAAGGAGUUUCUUAGGGUUGGUAACCUACGUCGGACGAUUUCUUCCAAAUUUAGCUACGAUUUCUGCACCACUGAGACAGUUGACCCAUACUGGAGUCAAAUUUGAUUGGAAAUCAGAACACGAAGAAGCUUUCCGGAAGCUGAAAGAGAUGGUAACGGAUAUCAAAACGCUGCAUUACUUUGAUAGCUCUCUGAGAACUCGCGUAGUAGCUGACGCGUCGCCGGUUGGUCUAGGGGCUGUUUUAAUACAGUUUUCUGACCCGAAUAACGAUUUCCACCCUCGAGUAGUGAGUUAUGCCAGCAAAAGCCUCAGUCCGACAGAAAAACGUUACUGUCAGACUGAGAAGGAGGCGCUUGCCUUAGUUUGGGCAGUCGAGCGGUUCUCAGUAUAUCUUCUUGGACGGAAAUUCGAAUUGGAAACGGACCAUAAACCGCUAGAAGUAAUAUUUGGUUCCACAUCACGACCAUGUGCGCGCAUCGAAAGAUGGUUGCUUCGCCUACAAGCCUACACAUUUGUAGUUCGUUAUCGCAAGGGUUCUGAAAAUGUUGCAGACAGUCUUUCGCGGCUACCAGAGUUCGGAGAAGAUCACGAGUUUGAUGGUGACAACCAGUUCCUGGUGUUAGCCAUUAUGGAAUCUGCGGCGAUCGAUAUCAGUGAAUUGGAGAAGGCUUCUAAAGACGAUUUGGAACUUUUGGCUGUCCAGGAUUAUGUACGUUUUGGAAAAUGGUCUGCCGAGGUUAAACCGUUCGAACCAUUCCAUUCGGAAUUAGGGUUGACUGGCGAUAUUCUGGUUCGUGGAACCAAACUCGUGGUUCCCAGAGCAUUGAGAAACAGAAUGCUGAUUUUGGCACAUGAAGGUCACCCAGGAGAAACUGUCAUGAAACGGAGAUUAAGAGAUCGUGUCUGGUGGCCCGGGAUGGACCGUGAGAUUUCGAAGUACGUAACGGCGUGUGAAGGCUGCAGAUUGGUCGGUUUACCGAAUCGUCCAGAACCAAUGCAAAGAAGAGAGCUACCAACAAAGCCGUGGGUAGACGUAGCUCUUGAUUUUAUGGGACCACUUCCCACCGGAGAAAACCUCAUGGUUAUUGUCGACUAUUUUAGCCGCUACAAGGAAGUCGAAAUUUUGAAGCAGAUAACGGCUGAAGAGACGACAACCAGGCUACAUAAGAUUUUCACACGUUUGGGAUUUCCUGCCACAAUCACUUUGGACAAUGCACGGCAAUUCGUUAGUGCAAAAUUCGAGACCUACUGCAAGGACCAUGGUAUUCGUCAGAAUUAUUCCACCCCAUACUGGCCUCAAGAAAAUGGCUUAGUUGAGCGCCAGAAUCGAUCGCUACUCAAAAGACUUCAGAUAAGCCAUGCGCUAGGUCGGGACUGGAAAAAUGACUUGAUGGAUUACCUUAUGAUGUAUUAUUCUACACCACACUCCAUCACAGGAAAGACUCCUACUGAAAUGAUGUAUGGUCAUACAAUACGCUCAAAGAUUCCCUGUCUAGGAGAUAUUGAAACUACGCCUCGAGAUGAUGAAGUUAGUGAAAGGGACCGGGUUCUGAAGGAAAAAGGGAAGGAACGUGAGGAUCAACGACGACUGGCAAGAGAAUCAGGAAUACAAGCAGGGGACACCGUUCUUUUGAAAAAUUUGCUACCUGGUAAUAAACUAACACCUACAUUCAACCCAACGGAAUACCUUGUCUUGAAUAAGGAAGGAUCGCGUGUUACGGUGAGAAACAAAGUUUCGGACAAAGUGUAUCGACGUAACGUUGCUCAUGUAAAACGAGUUGUUGGGGACCCCGACAAAGCAGAAAACAGCCAAUCAGAGACUGAACAGCUUGAGCCAACAACUGAUGAAUCGUCUCCGUCAACAUCGUUCAAGAAUCUUGACCAACCGCAACAUCUUGAUCGUUCUAGGAUGCGCCGGGAAGUAAAACUACCGGAUCGGUUCAAGGAUUUUGUGAUCUCGGAAUAAAGUAGCGAUCUCAUAGAGAAAACGAGAUGUGGUGCCUUAGCACAGACAACACUCUUAUGGAUGCACCAUAGUAGCGAGAAGAGGUCUAGACCACGAUAUUCUUAUAGGUACACUGUGAGAGUAGAGAGAUGAAAACAAGGAAGGUUAGAUUUGGUAAAUUGUUUCCUGUAAUAAAUCGACAUUUAAAAUACAAUUAAAUUAGUAUUUAAGUAAGGUAUCACACUAUGCGAAGAUUUUUUGAAUUUAUUAUUACUAGAAUCAUUAUAAAAUGUGUUUGCAACCGUAAUGUGCUACGAUUUGCGUUUAAGCUUAAUGGAGAUGUACAAUUAAAAUCCUAAUUUUAAAGUAUUUGUUUUGCAGUUGAACGUUCCUUCCAACCAACCCAUGCUACAAUAAGAUGGUCAACCCACCAAACGUCCACAUUGAGCUUAAAAUCCUACUUAAAGCCUAAUCCGCUAAGCAACUGUUACGCUAACCCUAACGCUACGGUUCGCUUUCGCUUUUAUCGUUAUCGUU